AUGACCAAAACUGUAACACUUUCUGGUACUAGCAGCAACAACACUGCUAAUUGCUUCUGUUAUGAAUUCCGAGUGAUUGGUAAGAUUUUGAUUACACUUACUCAUGAUAUGAAUUAUGAAGAGGUUAAGAGUCUCUUGAAUAGUUUCUUUCUGCAGUUUAUGAGUCUCUGGAAUACCAUAUUGGGGAUGAUAAAAGAGAAGAGUAUUAGGAUGGAGAAAGCAAGGCAGUUAUUUGAGGCCAAAGAAGAAUACUUCAUCCACAAUGGAACAAUGUUACUAGAAAAGCAAAUCACCUGCAACCAAGGUAGAGAUACAGAGCCAAUCAAGAUUUUCUUUGCCAAGGACAUCCAACAUGCUACUAAUAACUACAAUCCUAAUCUAAUCCUUGGCUCUGUAAUUGCGACAGUCUACAAAGGAACACUAGAUGAACGGGAAGUAGCUAUUAAAGUCAAAGGCCCUCCAACGCAUUGGCCCUUUGAGAUGAUGGGUAUUUCCAUUGUGGGAACCAUUGGAUACAUAGACCCAGAAAAUCUAGAGACACUACAUGUCACGGAAAAGUGUGAUGUUGAUGGCUUUGGGGUUGUAUUGGUGGAAGUCUUAACAGGUCAUCAUCCCACAGAAACGUUCCUAGGGCAUAUGAAUUUGGUAGAUUACUUUGUUUUGUCAAUGGAAGAGAAAUGCAUAUUACAAAUUGUUGAUGAUGUGGUGCUAAGGCAAGGAAGCAAUGAAGAUAUUCAAGCAUUCGCUGAGCUUGCAUUGAGAUGCAUCUAG